AAGCUUGUAACUUGUCAUGAAUGAAUAAUCUGUCAGAGAGAGAGAGAGAGAGAGAGAGAGAAACCUGUCGCUGUGAGAGCGGUUCACACAGCCAUAAUAGUACUAUAGUCCUAUUUCGGACGUGCAAAUGUCCGACGCAGCAGACCACCAUCACCACAGAGAGAAAUUCCGUUUCCGCAGAGACGCCGUCCGCAGACGACGCCUUCGAGGACGGAUGGACGGAGUGGGGCAACAGGCAGGAGCUGCGGAAACGGAUCCUGACGACGACCUGCAACCACCUUCGCGUUUCCCAGAGAGACCUCCUGGAGAGGCUCCUGCUCUCUCCUGCUCUGCAUUUCCGCCAUCUCCUGCUGGACGAUCGCAGUGGAGUCAUCUACUGCUACAUACCUGAGAUAGCUCUAGACUCCUGGGGGAGUCUGUGGGAGUCCCUGACGGGAGACUCGUCUCGAACGAGUCUGAGCAGCGUCUACGAGUCCCAGGACGAAGCCAAGGCUAGAGCAUCGCUACGGCUGAAGCUGAUGACUUACACGAAGGUAGUCGUUGUCCAGCAUCCGUUCCUUCGUCUGCUGUCUACUUACAGAGCCAGAAUAUAUAAUCAGAGCGACGACAGCCACCACCAAAAGGCCAUUCGUGCGGCUAUCCACGACCACCUCCACCACCACCGGAUUCCGAGCGCAAACUCAAGCGUGUCUUGGCCCGAUUUCGUCAGUUUCCUGACGAAGGGGAACAACAACAAGAUGGCCGAUGAUCUCUGGAAGCCCUACGAAGCGAUAUGUCAUCCUUGCGCGGUCGAGUACGACGUGAUCGCCAAGGCCGAGACCCUCCACGAGGAUUCGGAGAGAUUCCUUAGACGCAUAGGAGCCCCCAAGGACGUCCGCUUGCCCUCCGGUGCGUCUGGGUCGUCGAUUGGCGCUAACAGAGAUCUAUGGGACGAAUACCAGGAGAUGCUCUCCGAAGAGCAGCUCGAUGCUUUGCGUAAAGCCUACGAAAGGGACCUGAAGCUUUUUGCGUACAAGUAGCAGUGACUAUGGUACUAGGGUUCCAUUCAAACCCUACGCAAAGUGGUUGAAAAAGUUUGCCUUCUGUCACGAAUGGCCUCAAUUGGUAAGAACUGCGUCUUUUUCUAAAUCUAGAAAGUGGGUAUCAUGUUCCUUUGUAAAAACAAGCUCCCAUUCUUAUGUGAUAUGUGUAAAAUGACAUUUGUUUCAUUUUCAUCUUCAAUGUGCUGUUUCAUGCGUACUCAAGAGUGCCAUAUUUGAAAAUAUGGGUGAAUAAAUGAUUAAUGUAAUCAUUGAAUUCACGAAACUUUUAAGGUGGAACUAUUUAUGUAAAAUAUUGUUGAAAAAGUCAGACAAAUUCUUAACGCUCAGACUUCUUGGAAAAGUCGUCCAGUUCAGAGCAAUGUAAGUUAUUAGAUGAUAUUAUACUUUGUAGUAAUAUUCA